ACCGCCGGCUCACGUUGCUAACGUGCGCCCCCUUUCGCCUCCGACGCGCGCGAGCUCAGAGUCAUAUUAUAUUCACUUUCAUUUCUCUUUCCUCUCUCUCUAAAUCUCGGCACAAAAUAUAAAAAUUCUCGAACUUUCUCGGCAAAUCGAAACCUCUCUCCGAAGCAGGCGCAACUGGCGGAACCAACUCAGUCAUUUCUUCUGAAUCGUUGACUGGAGAACUGGUUUGUCCUAGAUUUUUUCGAUUUCACUUUGUUAAGGUUGCAUCUGUUUACUGUAUUCUUGUUCCUCAAACCCUCUAUCUUUCAGCUGAAAAAAAGUUCUCCGCUUUGCAUUUUGUAGCUCAAAAUAUAAGCUUUAGAGUUACUUGUGUUGAAAUUAGGGUUAGGGUUUUUGUUUUGCUAUAUUGUUUGUUGGUGUGAGUAUUGAGAUUUGAGAUUUGGGUUUUUGUGGGAAAUUGGUGAUUGAUUGAGUUGAUUUGGGAUUUGGGUUUUUGUGGGAAUUUGGUGAUUGAGUUGAUUUGGGAUUUUUGGGGUUUUGUGGGAAAUUGGUGAUUGAUGGGGGGGAUUUGGGGAUUUGGGAUUGUGUGAAUUUGGUGAAUGGUUAUGGGUGCGGGGUUUUCGGUUCGGAUAGGAAGGUUGCUUGAUUGAGUGGAUUAUGAAUCCAAUGAGACGCCGCUCUCCGACGAGUGUACCUGUGGAGCCAAUGGAGAAGGGGACAGGAAAGAAUCAGAAUACAAGGAUUUGUUUCUUGGCCUCUUUGUCUGUGUUCUUCUGGAUGUUGUUGUUUUACUUCCAUUUCGUUGUGCUGGGAGGUAGUACCGUGAAUGAAUCUUUCAAUUUACAAGCUGGUCGUGUUUACUCCAAAGUGAAGCCUACCCUUGUAACUAAUGAUCUUCAGAGGGACAGCCAGAGCACUGAAUCAACACCUAUCCCUGUAGCCCCUGCGAAAAACAACCAGAUCAAUGAAGCAGAGAAGUAUCCAUUCAUGAGAGCAUUGAGAACUGUCGAAAACAAGAGUGAUCCAUGUGGUGGGAAGUAUAUUUAUGUGCAUGAUCUUCCCUCAAGGUUUAACGAGGAUAUGUUAAAGGAAUGUAGGAGUUUAAGCCGUUGGACAAAUAUGUGCAAAUUCACAACUAAUGCUGGGCUUGGGCCUCCACUUGAGAAUGCAGAGGGUGUGUUUGGGGAUACGGGUUGGUAUGCCACGAAUCAGUUCGCUGUGGAUGUCAUAUUUAACAAUCGGAUGAAGCAAUAUGAGUGUUUGACAAAUGAUUCGUCUCUUGCUGCUGCUAUUUUUGUUCCCUUUUAUGCUGGGUUUGACAUUGCCCGGUACCUUUGGGGUUUCAACAUAUCAAGGAGGGAUGCGGCUUCACUUGAUCUGGUUGAUUGGCUUAUGAAGAGGCCAGAAUGGAGCAUUAUGGGUGGCAAAGACCACUUUCUUGUUGCAGGAAGGAUAACUUGGGAUUUCAGGAGACUUUCAGAAGAAGAAUCGGAUUGGGGUAACAAGCUUCUCUUUCUGCCAGCUGCUAAGAAUAUGUCUAUGCUUGUGGUAGAAUCAAGCCCGUGGAAUGCUAAUGAUUUUGGUAUUCCAUAUCCCACGUAUUUCCAUCCAGCAAAAGAUGCCGAUGUGUUCAUUUGGCAGGAACGAAUGAGAAGAUUAAAGCGUGAGUUCCUUUUCUCUUUUGCUGGUGCGCCCCGUCCUGACAAUCCCAAGUCAAUCAGGGGGCAGAUCAUUGAUCAGUGCCGGAGUUCAAAGGUUGGUAAGCUGUUGGAAUGUGAUUUUGGGGAAAGCAAGUGUCAUUCUCCAAGCAGUAUAAUGCAUAUGUUUCAGAGAUCUCUUUUCUGCCUGCAACCACAAGGCGAUUCAUACACACGAAGAUCUGCUUUUGAUUCAAUGUUGGCUGGUUGCAUACCUGUCUUCUUCCAUCCUGGGUCAGCAUACACGCAAUAUACUUGGCAUUUACCAAAAGAUUAUACAAGGUAUUCAGUGUUCAUCCCAGAGGAUGAUAUUCGCAAGAGGAACGUUAGCAUAGAGGAAACACUUGGUCGAAUUACUCCCGAGCAGGUGAAGAAAAUGAGGGAGGAGGUCAUAAGCCUUAUUCCAAGUCUGAUAUACGCCGAUCCCCGUUCUAAGUUGGGGAUUUUUAGAGAUGCCUUUGAUGUUUCUGUACAGGCCGUCAUUGACAAAGUUACAAAGUUGAGGAAGGACAUAAUCGAGGGUCAUACAGAUGAUAACUUCAUCGAAGAAAACAGUUGGAAGUAUGCUUUGUUGGAGGAGGGACAACGUGAGGUAGGAGCUCACGAAUGGGAUCCUUUCUUCUCGAAGCCAAAGGAUGGUAAUGGUGAUUCUGUUGAUACAUCUGCCGAAGCUGCGAAAAAUUCGUGGCAUAAUGAACAACGACAUCAAUCAUCGGUCAAAUAACAGCACAGCAAUAAGGAUUUCACCAGUAGCUAAUGCAUGAAGACAACGAUGGGCGGAUGAGCCUUCCUGCAUUGAGUUGCGGCAGGUAUUGUCACGAACGCUCAUCACAGAACUCACCUUGAAAAUAUCCAGGCUCAAAUCCAAAACAUAGACCCAUAUGUUCUGCUUGUAGUGCAUGUUAUGCAUGUUUUUCGAAAAGUUUUUGUUUCUGCAUUAUGUAAUUUUGUCCAGUAAUUCUUUGUCAUGUAAGUUAGCUGAGUUUUUGGUGUUCUUAUUUACUUACAGGAAAUAAAAAUGAGUAAAUGAUUAGUCCUCUA